GAAGACUAGAACUCUAGAAGAGGAGUCGGGAAGAAGAACAGAACGUAAGAGGUAGAAGAAGGGUUGCGCCGCUCGACAAAACCCCGUGAACCGCCAGUCACAAGCGUCAUCCCGCCUCGCCGAUGCUGCACCACCGUACCCCGCCUCCAGGACAACACGUCUGUUGACCACGUUGUCCACUCGACCGUCGUCCUUCACGGCAAGCGUCAAAUGUCCUUCAUGCAAUACCUUGAAAAGUGACAUUUUGAAGGUUUAUGCAGAAGAAAGAUGCAAAGUUCUGAAUUUAUUAGAAGGUAAUGAUUGUAGGGUGGUUGUUACUACUGACAUGUGGACUUCAACCAAUCAAAAGAGGGGAUUCAUGGCAAUCACAACCCAUUUCAUUGAUAAAUCUUGGGUUUUACAUAAUCAAAUCUUAAGGUUCAUAUAUGUGCCCUGCCCACAUACAAGCGAAGCGUUAACAGAGGUAUUGAUUGAGGCAUUCAUGGAGUGAAAUCUGGACUCUAGAUUAUCUACUAUUACAGUAGAUAAUUGCUCAACUAAUGAUAGCAUGAUUGGUAAGUUGACCAAUAAAUUGAAUAUUGAACAUUUGUUGAAAGAUGGUGCUUUGUUACACAUGCGUUGUUCAGCCCAUAUCCUUAAUCUUGUUGUGAAGAUUGGUCUAAAGGUUAUUAAAGACUUUAUUAAUACUGUAAGGGAUAAUGUGGUUCUAUGGACAGCAUCUCCAAAGAGGGUAGAGAAAUUUGAAGAGGUUUGUCGGGGAAUGAAGUUGCCCUAUACCAAAAAGUUAGGCUUGGAUUGUCCGACUAGGUGGAAUUCAACUUUUUUUAUGUUAAAAUCAGCUUUGCUUUAUAAGAGUGUGUUUCCCAGGCUUAAAAUGCGUGACUCACAGUAUAAAGACGUGUCUUGUGAAACUGAGUGGGAGGUUGCAAAAGAAGUGUGUGAUAAAUUAGAGUUGUUUUAUUCAGCCACAUAAAUGUUUUCUGGGACAAAGUAUCCAACUGCUAAUUUAUUUUUCCCAAAAAUUUGUGAGAUCAGAUUAGAGUUGGAGGAAUGGUCCCGUUCACCGGAUGUAGUUAUUAGUAUAAUGGCAGGAAGCAUGUUGGGAAAGUUUAAGGAUUAUUGGUUAGUUGUUCAUAAGUUGAUGGGUGUUGCAGUGGUAUUAGACCCGAGGUAUAAGAUGGCUUUGCUUAGCUAUUAUCUUCCUAUGGUAUAUCCGAAGGAUCACGAAAAAGAAGUUGAUAACAUUCAGCAACUUUUCUAUGAUGUGAUCAAGGAAUAUAAAAAAAAGGAGGAUGUUAUUUGUCAUGAGAGCGAGACUAAUUCAACAAGUACAAUAACUAAUCGCAUGAGUGGAUUUCAAACAUUCGUGAAAAGACUGAAAACAUCAAGUUCCAAUUGUAGAAGAGAGUUAGAUCAUUAUUUGGAUGAUGAUGUUUUGCCAAUGACCGAUGAUUUCAAUAUUUUAUUGUGGUGGAAAGUUAACGGGGUCAAGUACCCUACAUUGCAAGCCAUUGCCAAAGAUAUUUUGGCAAUUCCUGUUUCUACGGUUGUUUCGGAAUCAGCAUUUAGUGCUAGUGGCAGAUUAGUUAGUCCUCAUCGGAAUCGGCUACAUCCGAAGACCAUAGAAGCAUUAAUGUGUGCUCAAAGUUGGUUGUGGAACAAUAUCAAAGAUGAAGGGCCAUUUGUUUCAGAUGGUUAUGCUGCAAUAUAUGAAGAUGAUAUUGAUUUGUAUGAACCUGGCGAAAUGGCAGAAAAGGUAUCUAUUAUUAUCAUAUAGCUUGUUUCUUAUUUUUUUAAUAUUUUCCUAUUCUUCAUAAAGAAAUCAAUAUUCUUCCAUACCAAUUUCUUUGCAGUUGAGGUUAAUUUAGGUAGUUAACCUUGACACCUUCCCCUCCCCUCCCCCUCCCCAAAGGUAGUCAGGCUGCUUGUGAAUAAUGUAAUCAAUAAUUAAGAGUUAGAAAAAGUUUCGACUUUUGGAGCCACUACUAUUAGACAAUCCGUACUAGGUCUCGGCUCCCGGGCUCUCAUUUUUUGUGCGCGGGUAUGUAUUUUUAUGCUUGACAUUCUAAUCACUUACUGUUUUUUUGGCAAACCAGCUAACAUUUUUUUAUUACUAAUUGCAGGUUUAAAUAUUGUUGUGUUGCCAUACUGGAAGUUUGGAAUGAGUUGCUAUGUAGUUGUACUCAUUUAUUUUACUAUUUUGUUAUUGUUGGUUUAAAACAUGAGAUUUUUGAUUGUUUGGAAUGAGUUGCUGUGAUUUUGUAUUGCUACUUUGCAAUACUCAAUUUCAUUUACAACUUUAUGCCUUUAUGCACUUCAAGGUUAUGGAUCAGUUGGAUGUUUAAGUUUAAUUGAUUUUGUAGUGUUAUACUGUUAUGAUGAUU